AUGAUGAAGACUCCACCGUCGCCACCACCCAAACGUUUGGAUCCACUCUUGGCCAGUCUGACACGGGUAGAUCCCAACGCAUCCAGUAGUAGUGCCGAAACACCCACCACCAAGAUCCCACUCUUGGGAGAAGUUACCAUGGAUAAGAGUCUCUUUGUGGUGCUGCCAACGGUGGCCUUUGCGGUGCUAGGAUUUCUGUUGACAUUUGUGGUAGCCUACAAUUCACGGGAUGUCUUUGUCAAUUCCAUUGAUGCAUGGAAUGAUUCUGUAAUGAAUCCACCCAGCAAAGUGAUUGACCCAAAUGAAUGCCGAGGGCUCUGCAGUACCCAGGAGCAAGAUUUGGAGGGACUCAAGAGCUUUAUGAAUGGCUUGGGUGGCCAGAAAAAAUAG